UAAGUUUGUUCAUGUAAAAUAAAAUGUCAACUUUUCGGCAACAAUAUAAAGAGAAAACGUUUGGUUUCGGAAACGCAAACGAGGGUCGGUUUCUUCGCACUAAAAAACAUGAAGGGAAACGUAAAACCCAAAGAGCUGUAACGUUUAAUGAAAAUAGAAUGAUAUCAAAUUCUACAGAAAGCACACCACAGAACAAAGGAAUGCAGUUAGUCCCUGCAGUGGAAAAUCGUUUGACCAGGUUCUUAAAAUGGAAAGUUGAACGUGAAAGACGCAGAAAAUUUGAACAAGCAAAUAAAAAGCCACCCUUUGUUGUUGGAGUGGUACAUCACAAAUUUUGUUCCCCAGUUAGUAAAGAUGAUAGUGUUGCUCCAACUAUGGUACGUAAAAAGACACGGAAUCAGAUUGCACCUAUGGCUCUAGCAACACCUGAAAAGAGAAUUACAAGAGCAACAGAAAAACGAUUGCUAAAUAAACUACUAACACAAAAAGUAACUGAGGGUGCUGUUAAAAAUAUAAGUGUUAUGAUUAACAAGGAAAAAUACCAGAGAGAGGAUGCAAAAUCUUUUGCUCCUGUUGAUCAUAAUUUUAAAGCUCCAGUUGGGUUGUGUCAAGUACCUUUAUUUGGCAGAGUAGCCAUAGAAAAUACACCUAUCAAGACAAAGUUUACAUUUUCCCCUUUAAGUACAUCAAAGGAAAAUAGAAAAAGUGGUACUACAGAAUUUAAUGUAGAACCAGUCAAUAUUCAGGAGAAUGAUGCACCUAAUGACAAGGAAAAGAUAAAAUCAGGUGUUGAAAAUGUAGUACGCAAUAGUGAAGAAUACACCAAUGUGAGACAUAAUAAUGAUGAACAUUUAAAAGAACAAUUAACACAUAGCUUCAGUCUUUGUCAUUCACCAAGUGAUGACAUUCCUGCAAAAGAUACUGUCAUGAAAAAUUUAAAUAUUUCAGUUGAAGAAGAAGAACAUACUGCACAAUAUUUUCAAUUUCUUCUAAGCAGAGAAAUAACCAGAUUAAAUGAAUUAUGUAAAACGUGGUCAGAAAUUAAAACAAAACCUACAACUACAGAGGAUGGGCAAUAUGAAAUAAAUCAAACUAUUGGCCAAACAAAUCUGUUAAUAGGCAAAAAGUUUGAAAGAUUUCGUGGAUUAGUUGCUGAUUGUGAGACAGGAAAAGGAGAAAUGUUAGUUACAUGUAAAGAUUUACAAGGAUUUUGGGAUGUGAUGUAUAUAGAAGUAAAGAACUGUGAUUCACGAUUUGAAAAAUUGGAGAAACUUCGUUCACGAGACUGGAAGGAAGAAGAAUUGCCUGUUGUCAAGCAUAUAACUAAAAAGAAAUCUAAUGUAAAAAGAAAUGUUGCAUUUACAAAAUCAAGUUCUUUCAAAGCUUUCGUAGCAAAGAAAAGGCAAAAGAUGACACAAGAAAUGAGAAGUAAUGGUGAUAUGAAAGAAGUUGAUACAAGAAAAUUUAUGUCUAGUACUCCUAAUAAAAAAGAUUAUACACCUAUUAAACAUAAUAAAAGAUUAAGUCUAGUGCAAGAGGUACAUUUGUCUGAAACAUCAAAGAAGAUAAAUACUCCAUUAACCAUAAUAAAAGUAAGCCAAAUGUGUAAAACACCAGAGGUGAACUUGGAUAAUACAAUAUCUUAUGUUAAUUUUGAUCAAACACCAGGAAGGAGCAUAUUGCAACCAUCAGAGAAUGCAACUAUAGCAGAAUCUCGUAUAAAGUUCAGAAAUAAAGUUAAUUUUGAUGAUCAUAUAAUUUUAAAUGAAAUACCAAUUGGUGGAGAAACACAGACAAAAGUGGAUUUGGCUGAAUCAUUAUCAAAAAUAGAAAGUUUUGACAACUUUGAUAAAGUAAUAAUUAAGGCAGAAAGAAAACUUGCUUUUGAUAGUAAUAGUUCUAAAGAAUCUGAAGGGGAUAUUGGACACUUUGAAUUGAAAAAUUCUGCAGUUGAAAAUAUUAGUAAAAUACCAGCUUUAAAAGUACAACCUGCAACACCAUUGCCAAGGCGAAGUCUAAGAAGACAAAUUGCUUUUGAUGAAAUACUUGAUACACCUACAGUUAGGAGAAAAUCCUUAAAAGAAGUGUCUACUAGCAUCCAAGAAUUAGAACAUAAGGAAAAUAAAACUCCUUCAGAAAGGAGAAGGAGAAAAAGUUCAUUUAAAGGCAGCAUUAAUGAUAAGGAAAAAAUGGAUUUAUACAGUUGGAAUGAUAACAUGUCUUUAGAAGAAAGUAAUGUCAGGAGAAGAUCUACUAGAAGUGUUAAAUUUUUAGAAAAAGAGUGCAGUGGUUGGGAAUUACCCAUGACUCCUCAUGUUGGAAGGAGCAGGGCACAAUCUAGUGAUAGAAAGAGGAGUAUAGUCACAGAAAAUCUUAUUUCAUGGGAAACACCAGAGAAACUUUUUGCCAAUACAAAUUACAAAGAUCAUACAACGAGUUAA